UGCUGGAGGAAGCUGUCGUGCAAGAGAGGGAAGGGGGGGAAAGGAGGUUAAGAAACCAUGGCUGAGGAGGACAGCUGUGGACCGGACUCUGCACCACCAGAGAAGCAGGCUAUGGAUGAAGAAUUCCGGUUCCUGUUGUGUGAGGGGUGCCACCAGGAAGUUGGAUGCCCCAAACUCCUGCCCUGCCUUCACAACAUAUGCACCGAAUGCCUUCAAGAAACCAAACCUUUGGACCGCUGCCCUGUAUGCAGCGGUCCGUGCUCCCAAACGGACGGGACCCCCGUUCAGGACAACUUGUUCUUUGCAAAUCUUCAAGCUAAGCUAAGCAUCUUCCAGAUGAUUAAGAGUGGCCAAGACUUGAUUUGUGACAACUGCAAGAAAGAGGGAACAUACUGGUGCUCGGACUGCAAAGAGUUUCUUUGCAUCUCGUGUUUUGAAACCCACCAGAGGUACCUUAAGAAGGAGAGCCACGAAGCGAGGGCAGUGAAGGAUCUCAGAGCAGAUUCCAGCAAGGAAUUCCUCACCGAAUUCAAGAAUAUCUCCGUCAUGUUCUGCCCCAACGCAGAGCACAAAACGCAGAAUCUAAGCAUCUACUGCAAAGCAUGUGCACGUUCCAUGUGCUGCAUUUGCGCCGUGCUGGACUCCCAGCACAACGGUCACCAUUGCCACAUCCGAGAAGAAAUCGAGCGCAGGCAGCACGAACUACAGAACGUGAGCACGGAGCUGAAGGAGAAGAAGGUCUGUUACGAUAAGACUUGCAGCAACCUUCGGGAGCUGGUGAGCAACAUGGUCGAGGUGAAGAACGAAACCCGGAAGCUGAUCCAGGAGAAGGUGGCCGAGAUGAUACGGCUGGUGCACGAGAAGGGGGAAGAGCUCCUGGCAGCCGUGGACGAAAAGCACCACUGCCAAGUGGAGGACGUGGAGGAGAAGUUGAAGAACGUGGAACACAUGGCUCAGAGGAUGGCGUCCUGUGAACUGCUGGUGGAGAAGAUCCACCUUUAUGCCUCGGAUCAGGAGGUGAUGGACAUGUACCCUUUCAUCAGGGAGUCCCUGGAGGAGCUCAAAAGGAAGCAGCCGCCUGCAGUAGAGACCCAGAUCGAGGUGGGAAACUUUGCAGAAGUUGAAACCCAGCUCCAGGCUUUCUAUGGACGAGUGAUAAAAGAGGAAGAAGCUGCUCCAGCUAUAGUCAAAAUAGCAUCCAACCAGGAACCCUUAGGAAAGUCGCCGGCAAAAAGGAAAGGUGAACAAAUGGGAAACGCCAUUCAGCCCACUAUAAAAGUGGUCAAAAUUGAAUCUGAUGACGAUGAGUGGAAACUAUCAGCCAAACAGGUGGAUCUAGAACAACCAGGUACCAGCUUUGGGGGCCAUCCCGCAGGGAACGAAGGCAGCCUCUGGAAAGGAGAAGAUACAGAAGUCGUCUUCGAACCCGUGCUCCUCAUUUGUUCUUCACAGUCAUGCAAAACAAAUGUCCCCAGUUUGAACAAUUGCCCAGAAGAUGAAAGCAGUGAUGGUGUCGAAUAUGGGGACUUCAGCCUGCAAGAAGACACCAGGUCAGAGAACAGCCAAGACGAGUUCUUGAGAAGCGUCUUCAGCCAACCCAAGGAGCUUUUCUCGGGGCACGGAACCUUGGUGUUCUUCGACCUGAAAGUUCUACCUAGGAGGGUCAUCGACCUGGUCGCUGUCGUGGAUGAAACCAGCUUCUUCUCGGUCUUGAUCCAGCCACUGCCUCCACCCAGGGGAGUUAUGAAGAGCGGUCUCUGUGAGAGCGGGCUGGAGAACUUUCUCCGUUACCUUCAGACCUUGCACCAACCCAUCCUGGUGGGUUAUGACCUGUGGUCCAUGGACUUGCCAGUCCUGGUGGAAACCCUGGAGGCUCUCAACCAGGAAGAGAGGUUCAAAGCAUCCGUUUUUGGCUUCUUGGAUGCCCUGCCUCUCAUUAAGGAGAAAAUCCCAGAUCUGCCUAGCUAUAACAUGAAGAGCCUAGAUCAUAUAUACCUUGGGGGGCAGCUGGAUGAUAGCCAAGCCUUCGAUUGCGCCAAGACGGUGAAGGACCUGUGUACCGUUUUGGACAUUAACCCAGCAGUGGAGACAAGGCCAGUGAUCUCCUAUUCCAGUUUGCAGUGUUACACUUCGCUUCAGCCUCUCCUGAUGGAGAGGUUACUCGUCCGUUCCUCCGUACAGAGCUUGGCACUGCACGGCAUCUGCCUUUCCACACUAGAGUUCAUUUAUCAAAAUGACCCAGAACAUGGGCUGAAAAGAUUCUCCAAGAACUUGAAUUCCAGGCAGAUAAGUGGUGCAAAAAAAAUCCAGCAGCUGAGCAGAGUUAAGACCUAUUUCCAGGUUCACCCACCUGCAGCUACAAAGUCUGGGACACAAUCCUAAAUAAUAGCCACUAACCUGGCUAACCUGUUCAUUGUACAGAUACUUCCUUGCCUGUCUUUGAGUUGGGUGGUUCUCCCUCUACAGGCUUUGAUUUUUUUUGCACAUUUGGUCGACCCCAUUAUACAUGCAGGUAUAAGCAAAUUCCCAGGUGAUAACCCUGCUACACAAUACCUGAGUUCACCUUUUGUCCUGUCAAACAGACAUGCAUCGGGAAUUGCCAGGUGAAACCAAGGAGUUCCGAGAAGCCGAUACAACUGUGGCCCUUGGGAAAGCCGCGAUAUGCCAAACUGCGGAAAUGUACAUGUAAUUUACAUGUAGCCCAUAGAUCCAUGCAAGUUUGGCAAACAGCAACUCCUUGGGGCCAUUUCAGGUCAGGAAAAUGGUACAUGGGGGUGGCUUAAGCCCCCUCCCCAUGUACCAGUCUGAAUAAGUCCCCCCUCCCCACCAUGCUUGAGAAUCUUAAAUUUAAUCCAGCAACUCCCAGUGUAUAUCUGUUUGAUGGGAUCUGGUGCAAAUUGGGGAACGAUACCACGUAGUUAGGACCCCCAAUGGUAUCAUAAUCCAUAUCUCAGCAGAGGCAAAGGAGAAAAUUGGCGUGCCAAAGGUGUUGAACAUCAUGAUGACAAACAAGUGCUAGCUACACCCGUUGCACCAUUCUCCACUGCUAGUGUGAUGUUUCCGAAGACAAGUUUGUGCAGGCACGUUCCUUAGUUCAUAUAACUCUUGUGUAUUCAUUAAACUUGAGUGCCACUGAAA